AUGGCUGAUAAUUACCUUCAUCGAUCGAACAAUGAUAUUGACUAUUACAAAAUCAAGAUGUUUAGAGAUAAUAUGGAUUCUAUUCCAUCCUACCCGCUGCCAUCGGGAUAUUCAAUAAAGUUCUACGAAGAGAAUUCCAAUGACGAACAAAAGUGGGCUGAGAUAGCUACGGCUGCCGGAGAAUUUCAUACAGUUCAAGAAGGUUACGACCGUUUCAUAAACGAAUUUUUGAAAAAUGAAAAUCGGCAUCUUUACCCCGAACGGCUUCACUUUUUGGUGAGUCCAGAAGGCAAGUACAUCGGAACAGCAUGGGCUUGGUUUGGUGAACUCGACGGCGAACAACAAGGUAGUCUCUAUUGGGUUUCGAUUAUACCUGAAUUUCAAGGGAAGAAGUUAGCCAAACCGUUAGUAACAACCGUAUUAAAAAAGAUUAGUGAAUACUCGAACAAAUGUUUUUUGGAUUCUCAAACGACGAGUUGGAGAGCGAUCAACAUGUACGCUGAUCUAGGAUUUAAACCAUAUAUGAAUAUGUCGAAUAGCGAACAAGCUUGGAAUGCAUUAAGUCGAAUUUGUCAUCGAAGUUUUCAACCAUGA